AUGGAUCUCCUCCGACGAGCUGGCAAGUUCGUCCCCGCUGGAGCCCGUUUGGCACUCCCCGUCACAGAUGAAAAGGACAAGAGCAAACGAAAAACAUGGGCUACCCGCCUGGCCUACCUCAAAAGGCCAAUGAGGUUACGGGGCAACUCGAGCGUAUCGGUGCCCCUCGGCGUCGUCGUUCUCUUCCCCGUCAUCGUCGUCAUCCUCAUCCUUGUGCUCUUCGUCAGACACCCCAGCAAUCCCGGGAGAAUAUUAAUACCUGCUGGCGCCCCACCAGCAAUAAGAAAAAUCAGUGAAAAGCACGACAAGGUGUUCGUUACCGGAUGCCUCGAGCCAGAUACCAGCAAGCCCCGCGCCAAUGCCGCCUUUGUCGUGCUCGCGAGAAACAAGGAGCUGGAUGGUGUUAUCCAGUCCAUGAAGUCGAUCGAGCGCCACUUCAACCGGUGGUACAACUACCCCUACGUCUUCCUCAACGAUGGCGACUUCAACCAGACCUUCAUGGACACGGUCAAGAACUACACCAAGGCCAACGUCGAGUUUGGCAAGGUUGGUCCGGACAUGUGGGGGUACCCUGACUGGAUUGACCCCAAGGUCGCCAAGGAGGGCAUCAACAAGCAGGGAGACAACGCCAUUAUGUACGGCGGCAUGGAGAGCUACCACUUUAUGUGCCGCUUCUACUCUGGAUUCUUCUACAAGCACGAGCUCCUUGCCAAGUACGAGUGGUACUGGCGCCUGGAGCCAGAGAUCAGCUAUUUCUGCGAUAUCACUUAUGACCCCUUCCUUGCCAUGAUUGAGCACAACAAGACCUAUGGCUUUACCAUUGCCGUCAAGGAGCUUCGCGAAACUGUCCCCAACAUCUUCCGUUAUGCCUCCGCCUACAAGCGCCUCAACAACCUGACUUCCCAGGGUCUUUGGGAGAUGUUCGUCGAGCCCCAGCCCGACAAGAAGCCCGAGCCCCCUGCGCCCCAGCUUCCCGACGAGAUUCUGCGCAGCAAGCAGCCCGAGAUUGACCCGGAAGGAAUGGAGGGCGAAAAGUACAACAUGUGCCAUUUCUGGUCCAACUUUGAGAUUGCCCGUCUCGAUUUCUUCCGGAGUAAGGCGUAUGAGGAUUUCUUCCAGAUGAUGGACCGCAGUGGCGGUUUCUGGAUGGAGCGGUGGGGUGAUGCACCCAUCCACUCCCUUGCCGCCGGUGCUCUCCUCGCCCCUCGCGAUAUCCAUUACUUCCGCGACUUUGGCUACCGCCACACCACGAUUCAGCACUGCCCCGCCAACGCCCCCGCGCGCCAGCUGCCUCGUCAGCCCUGGCUUGAGGAGACCACCACCGAUGAGCGCAAGCGUGUUGAGGAGGACAAGUACUGGGAGGAGUGGGACACACCCAAGGAGAACGGUGUGGGCUGCCGCUGCCGCUGCGACACGGACAUUGUGGACGUCGAAGGCAAGGAGGGCAGCUGCUUGGCCGAGUGGGUUGAUGUUGCCGGUGGAUGGGCGAGUCCUUGA